UAUAGCAAAAAAGUGCGUAAAGAUGACCAGAACUCAUCUACAUCUGGAUAUAGUUGGCAUGAUACAGUUAUCACAUUUUACGAUGAUAAUGGUUCAUUUAAUUCUUUCAGUAAUAACCCUAUGAUGAUCACAAUUUUGGUAAUAACGGUGACAGUUCUUAAGGAUAUAGAAGCUGAAAUUAAGCUUAAUCAAAGAUUAAAAGAAUUUGGUUUAGUAUGGAAAAAUGAUAAUCAAUUAGAAAAAACAAAGCGAAGACUAUAUAAGAUAGGCAAGACGCCAAAAUCAACAUAUUAUGAUAAGUAUGAUCCAAAUGGCUUGUUAACUAAAACAGCAGCUGACACUACAAAAAUUACAAAUUUUUUUAAUAUUAAUGAUACUUAA